AUGCAAUGCAUUCAAUACAACAACACAUGAGUCAGUCAUUGAAGGCGAGACCACAACAACACCACUGAAGACAUCACUCAAACACAUCCACCCAUCAGACCACUUGUGUCCACACAAUACCAUAGCAGAUAUGGAGGUAAUCGUCGGCACAUACGAAGAGUAUCUCAUCGGAUAUCAACUCAAACGCCAAGACGACACGUAUGUCUUGGAGCAGACCUUUGCAGACAGAGCCCACUCGGGAAGCGUGAGGUGUCUGUCGACCACCUCGAAGGUGAUGGUCAGCGGCAGCACCGAUGAGGUGAUCCACAUCUACAACAUGAACCGGCGCUCAGAUAGCGGUACUCUUCAGCACCACUCGGGAACCAUCACUCACUUGGAGUUCUUCAAGACGACACACCUGUUUAGCGGCUCCGAAGACGGAACGGUAUGCGUUUGGGACACAAGGAGUUGGGUCUGCGAUAAGACACUCAGAGGGCAUAAGGACGCCAUCACUGGUCUCAGUGUUCAUCCAUCGGGAAAGUUGAUGCUAUCGGUGUCCAGGGAUAAGUCGCUGAGGACGUGGAAUCUCAUCAAAGGUCGGUGCGCUUACGUGACUAACAUCAAGGCAGUGGCCCAUCUGGUCCAGUGGGCACCGGACUCGACAUUCUUCGCGGUGGUCAUUGAUAAGCGCAUCGAUAUCUACGACAUCACUAUCGGCGGUGUCGUCCAUACCAUCGAUUUCGGCAAAAGAGUUAAUUGUAUUUUGUUUUUGAAUAAUGAUGUGAUAGCCAUCGGCGGUGAGUCCAACGACAUUGAGUUAUACGACAUCAGCAACAAAUGCACUAUAAAUACAUUUACGGCUCAUUCAAAUCGAUUGAAAGCACUCCAGAAGACGACAUCACAUCCGGACAUAAAAGACAACAAAUUAUGGUUGACUUCUGUGUCCAGCGAUAGCUAUAUAAAAGUCUGGGAAUUGGAUCUCUUGGAGCUCAAAAGUGAGCCAAAACUGAUCGCAUCGGUGGACACGACAUGUCGGCCCACGUGUCUGUCCGUCAGGACGUUCACAGACAGCGAUACGGCGGCUGCCGAUGAGAAUAAUAGUCAGACCACCGAUGCGUCGGUGAAUGUGGUCUCCGAUGAGAAGCCGAAGACAAAUGUGUCGAAAAAGAGGAAAAAUAAGUCCAAAGAGAAAAUUGCGAACAAAAAGGUUUAAUUGACUCCAAAAUGACUAAACUAUUGAAUUUUGUGCUCAUAUUUGGUGACCAUUUGCAUGAAUAUUAUUAUUAUUUUGUAUUUUGAUUUUCUUAUGAAGAAUUUAUACGAAAAAUAUAUAUUUGUUUGUAAUUAUGAAUUGAAUUUUUCAUUUGAUAUAAACAUUUAUCCGC